AUGGUCAACGUACGAAUUGUCAAAUUACUCUUUGGUUUGUGGCUUGCUGGCUCCACAGUACUUGCAGCAAUUGUUGGUAUUGACUUGGGCCUGCAAUUCACCAAGAGUGUCUUGCUAGCUCCAGCUGUUCCAUUUGACGUUAUUCUCACUGAUGAAGGUAGUAGAAAAGACCCGACAAAAAUUCAGCUAUUCACUGAUGAAAAUUUGGCACAGGACUACCAAAAUCAACUUAUUUCACUUGCUUUACUUGUGGAUGAAGUUAAGGAACGUGCAGUUAAACACUUGGGAGAAAAGUCUUCAUUAUCGUCGGCGUCCAAAUCCAUUAUUGACGUGGCACUCAACAUCCCAGAGUCUAGCUCGCAAAUUGUGAGACAGGCGUAUUUAGAUGCUUUGAGUUUGGCCAAUAUAUCGAACGUCUUGGGUGUGGUUGAAGGUGGAUCAGCCGUUGCCCUCAAUUUUGCUAGCAAUAAGGAGUUUACAAACAAAGACAAAGAGUAUUAUAUGAUUUACGAUGCAGGGGCCGGCUCUACCAAGGCAUCGCUUUUUUCAAUUAGAGUAGCAGCCAAUGGUGAAACAAUUGUUGAAAUGGAGAGUGCUAGUCUGAAUGAUAAUAUAGGUGGCAAAGUCUUGACCAAUGCCGCAUACGAGAUAAUUCUACAAAAAGCGCUUAACCACUUUGGUAUUGAAUCCUUGCCAGAAAAGACAUUAACCAGAUUACGUCAAGUUGCCGAAAAAGCCAAACUCAUCUUGUCUGCCAAUAAUGAAUUUAGCACCGUUGUCGAAUCAAUAUACGGCGAUGAGGACUUCAAAGUAUAUAUAACUAGAGAAGAGUUUGAAGAGUUAAACUCUGAUUUGAUGCAACAAGUCACACAGCCGGUUUUGGAUGCUUUGAAAGAGGGUGGUCUCAAAGUUGAGGAUGUUAAGUCUGUCAUUUUCAAUGGAGGUUCAACAAGAGUUCCCUUUAUUCAAAAGCAAAUCACAUCUCUUUUUGGUGAUGACAAGAUCUCUAAAUCGGUCAAUACGGAUGAGAGUGCUGCAUUGGGAACCACUCAAAAGGGUUUGCAAUUCAAGGUUGACUCUACCAAGGGGCCUCAAUUGAUUGAGAAAAGUUUUCACAACUACGAAAUAGGUGUCAAUGACAGUGAAGAGCAAAUUUUGGUAUUUGGCAAAAACUCAACCUUGGGAAGUAUUGCAAGAAUAGAGCAUGACCCUGUUGAAGCAUUGUCGUUAAACUUGUAUGAAGAUGGAACACUUAUCAAAAGUUUUAAUUUUGAUCAGAUCAAUGAUAAAUUGGCAUGUAAAAAGGAUGAGAAAAAGCUUGUGACUACUUUUGAAUUGGAUCAGAACAAGUUGUUUAAUUUGGUUGAGGUUGAGGUUGAGUGCCGUAAACAAAACAAAUCAUUCUUGGGCAAUUUACUCAAGAAGAAGGACAAGAAGGUAGACGAAGUAGAAGAAGAAGUAGGAGAAGAAGAGGAAAAAGAAAAAGAAAUAGGAGAAGAGGAAAGCAAAGACAAAAAUGAAGAUACUAAUGACAUUGAAGAAGAACAAGAUGAUUUAGCAGAUGCAGCAUCCAAUGCUACCGACAAAAACAAAACCGAGUCUACGAAACCGUUAAAGUCCAAAGCUAGAAAAAGUGCAAGGAAUAAGAAUACCAAAAUCUCCAUCCCCAAGUCUACUUACCCCCACGUCAAGCCUCUUGAUAGAGCAACUCGUAAAGAGUUUGCAGCAGAAAUUAGCCGCUUGCACAGUUUGGAGAAGGCCAGAUUGGAAGUGGAAUUGGUUAGAAACGAAUUGGAAAGUCAAAUUUAUAAAUUGCGCGAACUUCUUGAUGAGAAUGAAGAGCAAUUGCUGCAAGAGUUAUCGGAAUCUGAUAAGCAGGUUUACUUUGACUAUAUGGAUCAAGCCAUUGAAUGGUUUGAUUUUGAUAGUGACGACUCUUCUGUCGAUGAUUUGAAACAAAAGAUAAAAGAAGUUGAGAGUAAGCAAGCAGAAGUCAAGAAAUACGUUGAUAUGACCAAGACCGACUUAUCAAAGGAAGGAAUGAAGAGGUUAUAUGAGGAUGGAACAAAUUUGAUGAUGAGUAUCCAGUCUAGCAUGUUAAAACUAGGCGAGGGAGUUGCUGAAAUGAGGAAAAAAUACGAAGAGGCUGGUUUCAAUUUUGAUAAGGAGAAUGAUAAAGCCAAGAUCAAAUCAGCAGGACAAGAAGAUCAAAUGCUCAAUUUUGACAGAAACUUGCAAGAAUAUAAGGAGAUCAUUACAAAAGUUGGACAGCUUGUUGAUAUGUCAGACAAGAAAUUCAACAAAAUUGAAAAGACUGAAUUAUAUCAGUUUCACGAUAUGUUAGCAAAAGGUGUUAGUGAAAUGGUACUUGAUCUUGUUAAAAUUGAAUCAAGCCACAUGGAAAGAAUGAAACUAUUUGAUGAGCAAUACGAUAAGUUGGUUUUGAGGCAACAGCAAAAGGAGUAUAGGAAAAAAAUGAGGGAGGCUGCAAAAGAAGCAGAAAGAAAAAAGAAACAAGAUGAACACGAAGAAAAAGAGCAAGACGAAGAUGAUGAUGAUGUUGAAGAAAUUGAAAAUGAUACAAUCAAGAUUGUCUCAGAGAAAACAGUUGAUUCUGGAAGCAAUACCAUCAGUACUAGCACCGAUUCGUCUCCAGAAACAACUUCCUUUACACAAGAAAAUGAAGUAGAGAAAGAAGAUGAAUUGGAACAUGAUGAACUAUAA